GGAGCCAAGAUAAGGAUGUGACAUUAGUUCUAAUGUUGCAAAGAGAGGAUUUCAUGGAGGCUUUCAGGGAAGUUCAUGAGCAGUCCUGAAAAUCAAUUUUUGUUGGGGAUUUGGCUGCUGAUGUCACUGACUACAUGUCUAUGAAGCGUGCUAAGGUUGUCAUUGGUAGGUUGACUGGACUUACCAAGGGCUAUGGUUUUGUGAGGUUUGGUGAUGAAAAUGAGCCGCUGUGUUUCAUGACUGAAAUGAAUAGAGUGCUCUGUUCAACUAGGUCCAUGCGGAUUGGGCCAACUGCUACCAAAGGUUCAAUGUUUGCUGGUUGUGUAAACUUUUUCAAGGUGAACUUGUUGAACAGUGUUCUAGAUUCACGUUCUUUCAGACACCAAGAGGCUCCAUUAUGGGCGGCCUGGAACUGAUUUUGGAUGAAAUGAUUCCACUUUAAUGCGUGGCCUCAUUUUAGCUACCUAUCAGAAUAAUCAAGGAAACAAGUGCGAGAAUGAUCCAAAUAAUACGACAAUAUUUGUUGGUGGCUUGGAUCCUAGUGUUUCAGAUGACAUUUUGAAAUCAGUUUUUGGUCAAUAUGGUGAGUUACUUCAUGUGAAAAUUCCAGCUGGAAAACGUUGUGGUUUUGUACAGUUUGCUAACAGAGCUUGUGAGGAGCAAGCCUUGUCAAUGUUGAAUGGAACCCAAUUAGGAGGGCAAUACAUUCGACUUUCAUGUGGAGGAUAUGAGGCAUAUGGAUAUGCGCCUCCACCCCAAGACCUGAACAUGUAUUGUGGGGGUUAUCCUGGAUAUGGAAAUUACCAGCAGCCAGGGGCAUACCAACAACCACAGCAGAGGGGUAAAUCUGAAAGUCGUAUUGCUCCACAUCCUCAAAAUCCUUCAGUCUUUGCUUUAGCUCCAACAGUGGCCACCAUAAUUCCAAUUUGUUGAAAGUCUUAAUGUGCCAUAGAUCUUCAGGAAGCUUUCUCAAGUAAGCACAAGGAUUGAUAACUAAACAUUCGAGGUUUGGCAUGGCUCCUGUUUCCAUUGUCCACUUUUCUAGCCACAGCAUUGAUUUCAGAUGCAAAACCUUGAGCUUUAAGAAACCACCGGAGGUGGAAGCCAACUUUCUACCAAUAUAAGAAUUGUGAUUCUGCUUGAGGAUUAUAAGAUGUUGUAGUUUCUCCAGUGUUGGCAUGGGAUCAUCCUUCAGUUCAGUAUUUGGCAUGCUCAGUUGCGUCAGUUGUGGAGGAAACUGAUACUCACUCAGCUUAAUUGCUGAGAUCAUUGAGUUCUCACUUUUAUUCACCAGCAUCAAUGAUUCAAGAUUGAGUGGUUUACAGAGGCUUUCGGACAGCGUAGAUUGAUAUGAACUCAAGUUUCCAUGUAUUCGAAGACUUGGAAGAUUAGGCAGUCUGCUCAGUACACCUUGAGUACAACUACUGGGGUGUAAGGUUGAUAUGAAAUUGAGAUUUUCCAGAGAGUUACAAUAUUUCCCGGGAUGUGCAGGCAAUUUGAUGAGCUUAAAAUUCAGACGCCUCAGUUUGUGCAUCUUCCAAAUAUCAUCUGUUGUAUCGUCUGUGGAGCCAUUUGGCAUGUCCAGAGUGUACAGGUUGAGAAGAUUGUUGCAUAAUUCUGAAAGAACUCUGGUGAGGGAAGGAAUAUUCAACUUUAAGUACCUCAGAAGAAACGAAGUUUCUAUUCCAGUGGGAUAUUGUUGGAGAACCAGAGCUCCCAAAUCUAAUAGCCUGAGUUUGAAGUUUUCAGAAACGUGAUUAUCUGGGCCAGAUUGUUGCUUUUCGAGCCAAGGCAGAACAGUGAAGAGAGAUAUGGGGCAGAGUACUUUGAAGAUGUUCUCUUUUCUACUUGAACAAAGCCCGUGGCUAUCAGCUCUUUCAAGUACUCCUCAGCUGUUAUGAUGGAUGAAACCUUCAGCAAUCCAAAGCUGAUACAAGUGCCAUGUGAAUAUGUGAAAGCCUUCAGGAAAGACAGCAAAAUAAAGAAAACAGGGUUUCAAGUUCAAAGGUAGAUUCGGGAAAGAGUAAUUAUACAUGUGAUAUUUUUUUUGUUUAACAAUUUGUGAAGUGAAAUGGACAUGUAUAAUUGAUAUUUUCUGCAUUAGAAUAGGUUGUAAUUCUUGUAGUGAUAUGCUAAAAUUUAUCAUCUCAACAGGGCAAGGAAUCAUUGAUAUUGAAUACCAACAGGGGAUACUCAUAUUUUUGGAAUGUUA